GCAUUUACCAUCGAUGGCUUGGCAGCUCCAAAAGAAAGGAAGAAAAUAGAGGGACAGAAGAGAAAGGAAAAUAGAAUAAUAAACCAGAGCAGAGAAAACCAGAGCCAGGAGCUACAUCGGAUAGGAUCGGAUAUCGGGACGAAGCGAUACCCCUACCAAAUGGGCAACUUUGUGAGCAGGCAGAACGCGGCGGUCGAGGAGGCGGACCCCAGUACGAACAAUGCCUACAAGUACCCACCGCGGAUGGGCAACUUCUUUGGCACCCACUUCAUCAUGGGCGGCGAGCGCUUUGACACGCCCCAACCGGAAUCGUACUUGUUUGGCGAGAAUGCGGAUCUCAACUUCCUGGGCAAUCGGCCCACGGCCUUCCCGUAUCCCCCACCGCAGGCCAACGAACCGACAAAGACCCUGAAGAGUCUGGUCAACAUUCGCAAGGAGUCGGUGCGUUUUGUGAAGACUCUGAACGACAAGAAGAUGGGCGGUGUUGUUCCGGACAAGCCCAAGCCCAUGAAGGAGAUCGAUCGGGAUCUGGAUCUGGACAAGGAGAAGUCCAACGUGACCAUCGAGGAUGUGGACGGCAAUGUACUCUGCUCGAUGGGCUUGGGUGGUGGGGAUGUUGAUUUGACGCCACCACCGCCACCCUGCUCCUACAACAUCGAGUUCACCUUUGACUCGGACGCCAAGUGCGCCAUUACCAUCUACUACUUCUGUUCGGAGGACGUCAGUCCCAGCGGCGUGACGCUGGUGCCCCGCGAGGGCCUCACCUCGGAGACCUACCACUACGAGAAGGGCAUCAAUCAGUGCUUCUCGCAGCCGGGCCACGUCUUCAAUCCGCAGCAGAUGCCCGAGGAUGAGCUGGGCUACAGCCCCGGACGGGAGCAGUAUCCGGUGGCCAUUCACUGUGUGGUAGAGGAGGGCAGCGACGAGUGCCGUCAGUCGCACACCACCAUCUGUGUGAUCGACCAUCAUCCGGAGAAUGGCAGCUAUGUGCUGCGAGCCCUUAAACAGAAGAUCUUCGUGGAUGGCCUGUGCUACCUGCUGCAGGAGAUCUACGGCAUCGAGAACAAGGCGGUGAAUAAGACGUCCCUGGAUGAGGAGAUCGAUGAUCAUGGCAGCGAGUGCGUCAUCUGUAUGAGUGAGACCAGGGAUACACUGAUUCUGCCCUGCCGCCAUCUCUGUUUGUGCAAUUCGUGUGCAGAUUCGCUGCGCUACCAGGCCAACAACUGCCCCAUUUGCCGAGCCCCGUUUCGGGCGUUGCUUCAGAUCCGAGCUGUCCAGAAGGGGAUUAGCACGCAUGUGCUGCACCAGAAUACGCCCACAUCGACAGCAGGAGAGCCGGCGCCGGUGGACGUGCCGCCGGGCUAUAUUCCAGUCUCACUGAUCGAGGCACUCAACGGACCGCCACAGUAUGUGGCCAGGGCCAGAACCAGCGAGCACGACAUCACAGACUCCGCCGCCACAGUGGCAGCUUCGACAAUGACCAGUGCCGACAUCAAGGCCACAUCGCCCAUCAAGUCCAGCAGCCAGCGAAGGCCAAAGAUCAAGAAGAACGCCUCGACAUGCACGUCGACCAGUGAGGUGGGCACCAUUACCAACCAAUCUGGCGGCGGCAACGGCAACGGCAAUGGCAACGGCUCAUCCACACAUUCCGUGGAGAUCGAAAGCGAUCCGAAGAAGUCCAGUACGGCCACCUGUACUUCGCCCACUUUGGGGGCAUCCACUUCACCCGAGCCGAAGCAGGACAAGCUGCAGAUCGUCAACGAACGCAAGUAUCCCAGAUCCACGGCUGGAUCCGGUGGCGAUGGUUCUGCGGGCACCGAUGACGAUGAGGACAGUGAGAACGAGAAGCUAUCGCCGCUGCUAUCGCCGGGCAGCAAGAGCAAGAACGUGUCAAGUAAAUCUCUGAAGCAGGUUGUGGCCUGCCUGGAGGCAGACGAUGUGGAAAAGAGCGGCGGUGCCGGUGGUGAUGGGUCCACCGAGGAGUCUAGCCUUAAAAAGGGCUCAUCGCUGAAGCGCACCAAACCGAGGCCAGAACUUAGCGGAGGUAACACACCUUCGCCCACUGAGGCCACGGCCGAGGAUUCGGAUUACUACACACCGGAAGAUACUCAGAACUCGAUAUUGAGCCCCCUCUGUCCCACGGAACGGGCCAAGAGCGGUGAUCCCCUGGGAGCCAGCAACUGCGUCAAUGGCAGUCUGGGCGUGGGUAGGAGUGCGGGAUCCGUAGGCGGACCAGCUGGAGUGGGACCCGUCGUCGUGGGCUUCAGCAGUGCGGUGAAGAAGAACCUGCACAAAAAGUCCACCUCGGUGGGCAACAUGGUGGGAUCGGGCUCGGUGGCUACGGUUGUGGACUUGAAGUCCAAUAACGUUAGCUCCCUUCCAGACAUGUUGGACAGCCCGAUCAGCGGAAACUCGGCCUCGACGCGCAGCUCCAGCGAUAGCUACUCUUCCAGCUCGUCCACCAAGCAGCUGCUGAGUUCCAAUCCAACCACCACGGCCGCCAACAUCAUCGUGGAUGAUAAGACGGCUCUGCAGAAUGCCGUCAACGUUUAGAGCCGGUUCCAGCUGUAUUUCGCGGAAUUUUUGCGUUUCGUUUGAUCGUUUUAGCCUUGCGUUUACUCUAUUUAUUCGUAGUCAACUAGACUUAGUUAAAUCAAUGCUGCUUCCCCGCCCGCAAGAACAAACAUUGAAGAUUAUGACGAGGAUGGCCAGAAGGAUUAACAGAAGGAAAACCAGGGGGAUAACCAGGAGGAUACUAGAUACUAGAUGGAUAUCCAGGAAAAUGAUGAGAAGGCGGCGGCGGAGAAGGGUUAUAAGGCCACCAGGACACAACACUUAACCAGUAUACAGUAUACACACACCACACACGUCCCGCAUGCAUGUGUACGUAGUUUAAUCUAGCAUAAUGGCUUGGGUAUAUAACAAAUAAACUAAAUCAAAUAAACAAUGGCGCCUAGGGCGCUGCAUUCCAAAAUAUAUGUAAAUCGAA